UUUCCUCCCCGGCUGUCUAAGGAUAGGCCGCCAUCAUGAAUGACACAGUAACUAUCCGCACUAGAAAGUUCAUGACCAACCGACUGCUUCAGAGGAAACAAAUAGUCAUUGAUAUCCUUCACCCCGGGAAGGCAACAGUGCCUAAGACAGAAAUUCGGGAAAAACUAGCCAAAAUGUACAAGACCACACCGGAUGUCAUCUUUGUAUUUGGAUUCAGAAUUCAUUUUGGUGGUGGCAAGACAACUGGCUUUGGCAUGAUUUAUGAUUCCCUGGAUUAUGCAAAGAAAAAUGAACCCAAACAUAGACUUGCAGGACAUGGCCUGUAUGAGAAGAAAAAGACCUCAAGAAAGCAACGAAAGGAAUGCAAGAACAGAAUGAAGAGAGUCAGGGGGACUUCAAAGGCCAAUGUUGGUGCUGGCAAAAAGCCGAAGGAGUACAGGUGCUGCAACGAUGUUAUCUAUGGCUGUUGUGGAUUUUUCACGAGAAGCUUAUUAAUAAACUAAAAACUUAAAAAAAAAAAAAAAAAAGAAUGUAACCACACCUGAUCAGACCACCCUUUCACUGUCAAAGAGACCUAUUUACAGGUUAAUCUCUGUUCCCUAUUGGUUCAUCGCCCCUCCGCAGAAUUCCUUUGUUCCCUCACAUAAUCUCUUGCCGGGAUCAA